AAACGGACGGCAAAAGCAAGCAGUCCGAUUUUUUAUUGUUUCCAAAGAGACACUGAAACAUGGGCAAGAUCGUGACCUUCAGAAGCUGACAUGUCUUUGCCAGAGCCCUGCUUAGGUUGUGCUUUAACAGUUUAUACCCAAGUGUCACACCAUAGAUGGUCACAGGUUUAAUUAUGACAUGGUGACCUGUUUAUUCAAUAUCGUGUCAGACUGCUAUUGAUCUAUAUGAGCGUAGCUUUAUUUAAAAUACGAUUAUUAAGAAAAUCGGUAUUAAAUAUUCGCGGCCCCAUUGCCGUUACUAGCCAGAAUAUUGGGGCCGCGGUUGCGGCCCCAGCUCUUACGCGCCUGUAGCACACAUAGGAUAAUAUCUCAGUAACUACUUGACAAAUUGCAUUGAAACUUUAGAAAACGGUAUUCAACCAUCUAACCAGUAAGAUAUCUCUAUUUUGCAUAUAACUCUAAUUAUGCUCCUUUUUUUGUUCAACUUAGAAGUUCUGGUUUAGGUUUUACAUGUAACCACAUUUAAGCCAAUAUCUCUGCAAAUACAUCAUUUAUUGCAUUGAAAUGGUAUCCUAACCAUACAACCAUCUUAAUUUAUCAAGUUACAUAACUCUCUCUUUGCAUAUGAUAUAUGAUAUAAUUUUUGCCCCUUUGUAUGUAAUAUGGCUUAAAAUUCUGGCAUGUAAUCCAAUUUUACCGUGAUCCAUGUAUGUUUUACCAAAACUUUGCAAUACUUAUACUUAAAAGUGGCAUAAUAGCCAACUAGCUGUCUCUGUGACAGCUCUUAAAACUAAAAAUAUGGUAAUUAAAGCAUGAAAAAGGCCAAAAAAAGCCUUCUUCCAUAAACAUUAGCACUAAAAAUAGUUAAAAAUAGUCAAAUGACCAAUCUGUAUGAUUCAAGAUUUAUGUAAUAGAUGUUUUUAACAACAGUCUGUCUCCAUGUGUUAUUGAUUUAAAGUUAUUUGUCAUGUUUUAUAAAUAAUGCAUACACUCACAUUCAUACUUGCUUCCUUACCACAUUAUAUGAUACAACCCUUGCUUGCAAUUAAAAUUAUUCUUUUUAAAAUGAUGACUAUGUGGCCAAUACACAUGUAUGUAUGCAUUAAGGUUAAGUAUUGCCAUAUUUUGCAAGCUUAAUAAUGCAUUUGCAACAUGUAUUUUUAGUUUUUUCAGCCAUUUCUACCUAGGUGGCAUCAUAUGGAUAUCCACGCUAUUGGUGCUAAGUUUGUCUGUGGCAUGCCAGGGUGGGGAGUUUCCCGACAUUGUCAACUUCCUGAUUGAUCUGAUGAGAUACCCAAAUGUGAAAGUGCAUGGGGAUGUGUUUCCCACACUGUUGGUGCUGGUAUGUUCGGACAUCCAGGUGGUGCGGCGAUUCCUGGAGUGUAAGCUGGUCAGUGUUUACUCCCCUGGAGGGAAGAUGAGCAUCAUAAUCUACCUGGUCGGGGUCUGCUUCUACGCCGCUUUACCUCUCACCACCGUGUCUGGGACUGACUUUGCACAGAAAAUCUGCUGUGCAAGUUUUCUUGAUGAUGUGAAGUUUUACCAUGCUGUUGGAGUUUCUGUGUUUCUGUGGGCUUCUUGGCAUCAGAACCGUGCUGUCAACCAGUUCGCAAAGCUAAGGCAAAACAAGUCCGGUUCAGUAGAGAACACCCGUCACCACAUUCCCCAUGGCGGCCUGUUCCAGUUUGUCUCAUGCCCCCACUACACCAUGGAGAUCAUCAUAUACCUCUCCCUCUGCAUCAUCACAGCCUUCCAGAACAACAUGCUGGUUGCCCUGUUUGUGUUCGUCCUCAUCAACCAGGUGGUCACGGGAUACUUUACCCAUGCCUGGUAUAAGGAGACAUUUAAGAACUACCCCAAGGAUAGGAAAGCUGUGCUUCCUUUCUUGCUUUAGUGUGCAAAAUUUAUUUUACAUAACACAAUAAUCUCCCCCCCCCCCACACACACACACACUUGGUGGUGGUGGCUAUAUAGGAAUCACCUUGUCCCAUCUGUCAGUCCGUCUUUGCCGUUCCGUCCUGGUCAACUGGACAUGUCUAAAUUUCUCCAUUACUCCAUAUGUUUAAAGUAAAUGACUUCAAAUCUCCAUACAAAUAAUGUUUUUUACUGUUUUGAGGUGAAGUGCUGUGCAAAAGAAACAUUUUUUUUGUCCAUGGCAUUUUUAGAGAUAACAGUCAACUCAAUUAAAAACUGUGCUAUGCCUUACUAAACUAAUAAAACAUCAUGCCUUAUCUCACAGACGUUACAGUCCCUUUAUCUGUAUAGUACAACUUAUGAUCAUUAACUUAAUUGAUACCUUCUCAAUGACAUAGGGCAUUCAAGGAUCAUCAUGACAUAGGGCAUUCAAUGAGCAAACAUGACUUAGAGCAUUGAAGUAGCAUACAUGACUUAGGGCAUUCAAUGAGCAUACAUAACUUUGGGCAUUGAAGUAGCAUCCGUGACUUAAGGCAUUCAAUGAGCAUCCAAUAGUAAGGGCAUUGAAAUAGCAUACAUUACUUAGGGCAUUGCAAUAGCAUACAUGACAUAGGGCAUAGAAGUAGCAUACAUGACAUAGGGCAUAGAAGUAGCAUACAUGACUUAGGGCAUUGCAAUAGCAUACAUGACAUAGGGCAUUGAAAUAGCAUACAUGACAUAGGGCAUUGCAAUAGCAUACAUGACAUAGGGCAUUGAGGUAGCAUACAUGACUUAGGGCAUUGUAAUAGCAUACAUGACAUACUGCAUUGAAAUAGCAUACAUGACAUAUUGCAUUGAGGUAGCAUACAUGACUUAGGGCAUUGAGGUAGCAUACAUGACUUAGGGCAUUGAAGUAGCAUACAUGACGUAGGGCAUUGAAAUAGCAUACAUGACAUACUGCAUUGAAGUAGCAUACAUGACAUACUGCAUUGAGGUAGCAUACAUGACUUAGGGCAUUGAGGUAGCAUACAUGACAUAGGGCAUUGAAGUAGCAUACAUGACUUAGGGCAUUGAAAUAGCAUACAUGACAUACUGCAUUGAAGUAGCAUACAUGACAUACUGCAUUGAGGUAGCAUACAUGACUUAGGGCAUUGAGGUAGCAUACAUGACAUAGGGCAUUGAAGUAGCAUACAUGACUUAGGGCAUUGAAAUAGCAUACAUGACAUACUGCAUUGAAGUAGCAUACAUGACAUACUGCAUUGAGGUAGCAUACAUGACUUAGGGCAUUGCAAUAGCAUACAUGACAUACUGCAUUGAAAUAGCAUACAUGACAUACUGCAUUGAGGUAGCAUACAUGACUUAGGGCAUUGAGGUAGCAUACAUGACUUAGGGCAUUGAAGUAGCAUACAUGACUUAGGGCAUUGAAAUAGCAUACAUGACAUACUGCAUUGAAGUAGCAUACAUGACAUACUGCAUUGAGGUAGCAUACAUGACUUAGGGCAUUGAGGUAGCAUACAUGGCAUAGGGCAUAGAAGUAGCAUACAUGACUUAGGGCAUUGAAAUAGCAUACAUGACAUACUGCAUUGAAGUAGCAUACAUGACAUACUGCAUUGAGGUAGCAUACAUGACUUAGGGCAUUGAGGUAGCAUACAUGACUUAGGGCAUUGAAGUAGCAUACAUGACUUAGGGCAUUGAAGUAGCAUACAUGACUUAGGGCAUUGCAAUAGCAUACAUGACAUACUGCAUUGAAAUAGCAUACAUGACAUACUGCAUUGAAGUAGCAUACAUGACUUAGGGCAUUGAGGUAGCAUACAUGACAUACUGCAUUGAAGUAGCAUACAUGACUUAGGGCAUUGAGGUAGCAUACAUGACUUAGGGCAUUGAAGGAGCAUAUAUGACAUAGGGCAUUUAAGGAGCAUACAUGACUCUCAGUCUUACUAAAUUCUUAUAAUGAGGUGGUGUGGUGGGGGUAUGACUCACAUGCAUUGAUAUUUCUUGUUUUUACUGCUGCUUGUUUCUGUGUUGAUGUACAUGUAUAUCUGUGCUAAGUCAAUGUGUUGAUGUAUACCUGUUCUAAGUGAAUGCUCAUUAUUUUGAUUUACAAGCUUAUGAUACUGUUGUAGUGUAAUUUAAAAAAAAAUCUGGCAUAAUUGUAAUGUGUAGUUUGUAUCGAUAUUAAAUCCAUGUUUCAUUUUUUACGGGUGGGUAAAAAGUGAAGCUUUUUAUGCAGACAGCGUUAUGCAAACUGCCUGUUUAGGUUAUAAUGUACCGUAUAAUUUCUGUACAUUUGCUGAAAAUGUAUUUCAAACGAGCAAAAAAUGAAAUGCAAUACUUUUUCAUUUGUUUUUAUUAAGGAAGGAUAUUGAAACAUAUAUUUGAUGUUAUCAAGAAAUCCAUGUACCACUUUUGAUUACACAGUUCUCAAAAGUCACUGAACUUUUCAAAGACGCAUUUUGCAUUUCAAAUUGUUUUUGAAAUCAUAUUCAAGUGUAUCAUUAGUUCAUGUUUAGCCAUAACAUUUUAUUCAAUGUUGUUUAUUUCUGUGAUUAUAUGCAUUUGUAUUACAUAAGAUCCAGUAUUAUAACAGUUUUAAUAAUAUUAACAUGAGAUGUUCAUUACUGAACAUUGUGGAGGAAUAAAAAUACAAAAUGA